UUCUUUGGGGCCACGCCCCCAGCGCGCCGCCGCCGUUGCGUCACUUCCGGGGCGCAAAGAUGGCGACGCCCUAUGUGACGGACGCGACCGGCAGGUACAUCCCGUCCACGCAGCGCCCGGACGGGACCUGGCGGAAGCAGCGCCGGGUCAAGGAGGGCUACGUGCCCCAGGAGGAGGUGCCCGUCUACGAGAACAAAUACGUGAAAUUCUUCCGGAGCAAACCCGAACUGCCCCCGGGUUUAAACCCCGAGGCCGCCCCUUCCCCAUCGAGCCGAGGGAACCCCCCCGGGGGGCGGCCCGAGGGCUGCGACCCCUCCCCGACUUUAUCCAAAAGCGCCCGGAGGAACCUGAAACGCAAAGAGAAAAGGAAACAGCAGCAGGAAAAGGAAAAAGAUCGGGAAAACGGUGGCGGCGACGGACUGAGCCAGGCGCUGGAAAAAAUCGGGCUGGGAGGAGGAGGAGGAGGGACAGCGGGGGAGAAGGGAGGGGAGAAAAACGUGGAAAAUCCUGGGAAUUCCGGCAAGAAUUCCAGCAAGAAUCCCGCCGAUUCCAGCAAGAACCCCGGGGUUAAUUCCGGGAGUAAUUCCAGGGAUAAUUCCGGGAAUAAUUCGGGGAAGAAUUUGGGGAGGAAUUCGGGGAUUAAUUCAGGGAGUAACGUCGGGAAUAGCUGCGGGGAUAAUUCCAGGAAUAAUUUAGGGAAGAAUUCGGGGAGCAACUCCAGGAAUAAUUCGGGGAAUAAUGCCGGGAUUAAUUCGGGAAGCAACUCCGGGAAUAUUUUGGGGAGUCACGUCGGGAGUAACGUCGGGAAUAGCUCCGGAGAUAAUUCCGGGAAGAAUUUGGGGAAGAAUUCAGGGAGCAACUCGGGGAAUAACAUCGGGAUGAAUUCAGGGUGCAACAUCGGGAAUAGCUCCGGAGAUAAUACCGGGAAGAAUUCAGGGAGCAACCCCGGGGAUAUUUCGGGAAGCAACGCCGGGAAUAUUGCGGGGGAUAACCCCGGCAGCUCGGAGCGCGGGCGGCGCAUGAAGAGCCUGCGGAAGAAGCUGCGGCAGGUGGAGGAGCUGCGGCGGCGGCUGGAGGGCGGCGCGGGGCCCCGGCCCAGCCCCGAGCAGCUGCAGAAGCUGGCGCGGCGCGGGGCGCUGGAGGCCGAGCUGCGGGCGCUGGAGCUCGGCUCCUAACCGCGGCUUUCGGGCUUUUUUUUGGGGUUUUUUUGGGGUUUUUCGUUAGUUUUGUAAAGGUUUUUUGGGGUUUUUUUGUUGUUUUUUCUC